CCCGGGGAGCGCGCCAUGGCCUCGCCGGUGACCGCCCUGCUCCUGCCGCUGGCCCUGCUGCUCCAUGCCGCCACGGUCCUCGAGUCAUUCUCGUUCCGGAUGUCGCCGGUGCAGGUGCAGGCUCGCCUGGGCGAGAAGGUGAAGCUGCACUGCGAGGUGCUGCAGUCCAGCAUGACGUCGGGCUGCUCCUGGCUCUACCAGAAGCCCGGGGCCGCCUCCAGACCCAUCUUCCUGGUGUACCUCUCCGGCAUGCGGUCCAAGCCGGCCGAGGGGCUGGACACCGAUUACAUCUCCGGCACCAAGGCCGAGGGCGCCAACUUCCACCUCACUCUGCACCGCUUUCGCGAGGAGGACCAAGGCUACUAUUUUUGCUCGUUCAUGAGCAACUCGGUUAUGUACUUCAGCAAUUUCGUGCCUGUCUUCUUGCCAGCGAAGCCCACCACGACGCCGGCGACGCCACCAUCCACGCGGGCGCCCACCAAAGCGUUGCAGACUGCGUCUCCGCGCCCAGAGGUGUGCCGGCCCUCGGCGGGCAGCGCAGACACAAGGGGGCUGGAUUUCUCCUGCGAUAUCUACAUCUGGGCGCCCCUGGCCGGGACCUGUGCCAUCCUUUUCCUGUUACUGGUCAUCACGGUCAUCUGCCACCGUCGGAACCGAAGACGCGUCUGCAAAUGUCCCAGGCCUGUGGUCAGACAGGGAGGCAAGCCCAGCCCUUCAGAGAGAUGCACCUAACAUGGCGAGGGGCCCCGCGUGACAGCCA